AUGAAGCCCUAUCCAGCGGUAGGGCUCACCUUUGGUUGGGUGGGCCUUGCUCAAGCUGGUCUCCUUGAUAAUGUUCUUGCACCUGCCUCUUCUGCCGGCCUUCUUGAUUUUAUCGUAGGAGGUGGUACCUCCGCAACCAGCCGUGUCUGGCAGAUGUUAAGUCGAGGUCCUGUCAGCGAUAUCAUGAGUAAUGCGAUCGCCUGCAAUCAACCAGACGGGACUUCCUGGCCCGUGGCGGCAACGGUCAAAGCUGGUGGAUCUAUCACUUUCGAUUGGCCAGGCUGGCCGUCGAACUACAAGGGCCCUAGCCUGUCAUAUCUUGCCUACUGUAGUAGUGGGGACUGCUCUAACGAAAACCCCAACCUGCUUGACUUUUUCAAGAUUGAUGAGGAUGGGCUGCAUGAUGACGGGUCGUGGGCAUCUGAUUCCAUUGCUGCGGGAAGCGGUUACACUAUCAACAUUCCAUCUAAUAUCGCCUCGGGAAGCUAUAUGAUGAGACAUGAAUUCGUAAAUCUGGGCGGCGCAAGUCUCCUUAACGGGGCCAAAUUCUAUCCCAUGUGCGCUAGUCUAAAGGUGACUGGUGGGGGAUCCGCACGGCCUUCAGAUACCGUCCGAUUUCCCGGAGCAUACACUUCACUAGACCCUGGGAUUCUUGUCACCAUCGGUAACUUACUUGGGUCUAAUUCUUAUAUAUUUCCGGGACCUGCUCUUAUAUCCGGAGCAGGCUCGAGGACUUCUAUCACUGCUACCGCGAGGACGACUACAUCUGCCCUUAGAAAUAGCACCGGGACGGCCAUUUCUGUUUCAACGACGUCUCUAUCCGGAACAUUCACGAAGAGUUCAUCUGCAGCGACAACUUCGACAAAGGCGCUGGUUCCAGCUUACGGGCAGUGCGGCGGUCUAACUUAUCUUGGGGCCACAGAAUGUGUACCGGGAUAUAUAUGCUCAGUUUCGAACAGCUUUUACUCGCAAUGUGUACCUGACCCAAAUAGCAGCAGCUCUGUGCGUGUGUCUACAUCUUCUACUGUUGCUUCCACAUCUAAUAGCAUUGGCGCUUCGACGUCCUCAACAUCCACGACAUCCAGCUCAUCCACAGCGCUUGCCUCUGCAUACGCACAAUGCGGUGGCCUUACUUACAUUGGGCCUACGGAGUGCGUGGCGGGAUACUAUUGUUCAAAGUCAAAUAGCUUCUAUUCACAAUGUAUCCCAAGUCCAAAUACCGCCGUUGUGGUUACUUCGUCCGCAUCUACUACUGGUACAUUGAGUAGUUCUUCCAUCGGGUCGUCUACUUCUAGUAGUUCAUCAGCAGUCUCUAAAACGAGCUCAUCUUUAUCUACGUCGCUAACAACUACGCCGGCUGCAGCCUAUGCACAAUGUGGUGGACUUCUCUGGACCGGCGCCACGACUUGUGUGACCGGGUACUGGUGCUCGAAGUCUAGCGACCAUUAUUCGCAAUGUAUUCCUGGGACAGAUCCUAAUUCUCCCAGCACUACUUCUGCGGCGUCUAUCCCUAGUACUACUUCCACAUCCUCGACUUCGGCAGCACCAACACCUCGUGCUGCCGCUUACGCUCAAUGCGGCGGAGCCACAUGGACUGGCGCAACUACUUGUGUCGACGGUUACUGGUGCUCGAAGUCAAGUGACUAUUACUCGCAGUGUGUUCCUGGAACAGAUCCAAACGCGUCGACUACCACUUCAAAAACAUCUAGUUCCACAACUAUUUCUACUUCUUCCGCUUCUACUUCGUCAGUGGCAAGCACACCCGCUGCUGCUGCCUAUGCACAAUGUGGAGGGAUCACAUGGACUGGAGCGACUACUUGUGUUUCUGGGUUCUAUUGUUCCAAGUCGAGCGACUAUUAUUCACAGUGUAUUCCUGGAACGGAUCCAAAUGCAUCAAGCACUACCUCCACAUCCAAGGUGUCCACAUCCAGCGUUACAUCUGCUUCUUCCACUUCUUCAGCUGCAAGUAUGCCUGCAGCCGCUGCCUAUGCGCAGUGUGGUGGGUUAUUAUGGACCGGAGCGACUACUUGCAUUACUGGGUACUACUGUUCAAAGUCGAACGAUUACUAUUCUCAGUGUAUACCAGGAACAGAUCCUAAUGCAUCAACUAGUACUUCUGCGUCCACUUCGAAAGCAUCUACUAGUUCUAGUACUUCCUCCGCCACGGCUGGAAUAUCUCUCAGUCUUCCGAACGCCGUAACCGGAAUUUUAAGCGCCACUUCAAAAGCCACAACGUCAACAACAGUAACAACAGCCACGGGAACAACAGCCACGGAAACAACAGCCGCUACAAGCAAAAUCUUGACUACUGCCUCCUCGAGUGGUUCAUCGAGCACAUUUUCCAUCAAUACUGCCACAGUUGGUGCCUACGCUCAAUGUGGUGGUAUUAAUUACAGCGGAGGUACUCGCUGUGAAUACGGAUGGGAGUGCGUUCUCCAGGAUGACUACUAUUCACAAUGUAAACCUGCGGCAACAUCAGUUCCUCUAUCAACCGCUUCUGUCAAUACUGCCACUGUGGGUGCCUAUGCUCAGUGUGAUGGUGUCAACUAUAGCGGAGGUACCCGUUGUGAAUAUGGCUGGGAGUGUGUCCGCCAGGAUGACUACUAUUCUCAGUGUAAGCCUGCAUCGACGUCGGUACCACUGUCAGCCUCGAGCUCGAGUGUUAAGGCUUCUUCGCUCAUAACCACGAGUUCCAGCGUUAAGCUUUCUUCAACACCGGUAACAAGCUAUAGCAUCGUAAUUUCUUCUCUAUCAGUUAAUACGGCUAUCGUUGCUGGAUACACUCAAUGUGGUGGAAUCGGAUACACUGGAGGCACAAAAUGCGAGUACGGUUGGGAAUGUGUUCGUCAAGACAACUACUAUUCCCAAUGUAAGCCCGCCACAACAUCAGUACCGCUGUCUACUUCUCGUAGUCAAACUUCUUCAGCAUCUGUAAAUACUGCCACCGUGGGCUCUUAUGCACAAUGCGGAGGUAUCAAUUACACCGGUGGAACACGCUGUGAAUAUGGUUGGGAGUGUGUUCGUCAGGAUGAUUACUAUUCUCAGUGUAAACCUGCCGCGACUUCCGUUCCACUUUCAACCUCUAGUAGCAGGACUUCCUCGGUAUCUAUAAACACGGCUACGGUUGGCUCUUAUGCACAAUGUGGAGGCAUCAACUACAGUGGUGGUACACGCUGUGAAUACGGCUGGGAAUGCGUACGUCAAGAUGAUUACUAUUCACAAUGUAAACCUGCAUCGACUUCGGCUCCACUUCCAACUUCAAGUUCGUCAGUAUCUGCAAACACCGCUACUGUCGGUUCCUACGCACAAUGUGGUGGAAUUGGAUAUACUGGCGGAACACGUUGUGAAUAUGGCUGGGAAUGUGUUCGUCAAGACGAUUACUAUUCCCAGUGCAAACCGGCGGCUACCUCAGUUCCCCUUACGACUUCACCCACAGGCAGUAUUAAAGCCGCUUCAUCUACUACUUCCAGUUCCGGUGUGGGCCUCUCGUCGCUUUCAGCGAAAACAGCAAUUGUAUCCGUGGCUUCGAGUUCCACAACCAAAGCGCCUUCGUCAGCCUCGUCAUCAAGCGCUAGCGUUUCAGUCUCUUCUUUCUCUGUGAAUACCGCUAUCGUAUCUGGGUAUUCUCAAUGCGGAGGUAUUGGGUAUACUGGUGGAACUCAAUGUGAAUAUGGAUGGGAGUGUGUGCGCCAGGAUGAUUACUAUUCUCAAUGUAAACCUGCUGCGACUUCCACGCCUCGCUCGUCAUCGACGUCUACUGCGUCGAUAAAUACAGCCACGGCCGGGUCUUAUGCUCAGUGUGGUGGGAUCGGAUAUACCGGAGGAACUCGCUGUGAGUAUGGAUGGGAAUGUAUUCGCCAGGAUGAUUGGUACUCUCAAUGUAAACCUGCCGCUACGUCAGUACCGACAACGUCCGCUACAUCGAGUUCAACAUCCUCCCGACCUACGAGUUUGAGCUCAGCUGGUGGAUUAUUAAAUCCUUUGAAAGAUGCCCUUCUUUCGGCACCCGUGUCGGCAGCAUCAACGACAUCAACCCGAGCAGCCACAUCUAUGACGGCAUCUGCAAGCUCAACCACCUCAGUGAAUACUGCCACAGUUGUGGCUUAUGCUCAAUGUGGUGGGAUCAACUAUAGUGGGGGAACCCGUUGCGAGUACGGCUGGGAAUGUGUUCGUCAAGACGAUUAUUAUUCUCAAUGUAAACCAGCUGCUACCUCAGUACCACUAUCCAGUUCAAUUAAGAUUAACACCGCAACAGUUGGAGCUUAUGCACAGUGCGGAGGCAUCAAUUACAGCGGUGGGAAUCGAUGUGAGAACGGGUGGGAGUGCGUACGACAAGAUGACUACUACUCACAAUGUAAGCCGGCGGCUACUUCUACAGCUCUGUCAACAUCACUAUCGGUUAAUAACGCCAUGGUUGCGGGCUAUGCGCAGUGCGGUGGUAUCAAUUAUACAGGAGGUACUAAAUGCCCUUAUGGUUGGGAGUGCGUUCGACAAGACGACUACUACUCCCAAUGUAAACCAGCCGCAACUUCUGUGCCUUCCACAACAUCUGCGCCAGCUGUGACAUCAACUAGUCCAGCCACGAUCUCUAAAACCACUUCCACUUCUCGCUUGGUUAAUUCUGCUACCGUUGCGGGGUAUGCCCAAUGUGGGGGCGUCGAUUACACAGGAGGUACCAACUGCCCUUACGGUUGGGAGUGCGUUCGACAAGACGAUUAUUACUCCCAAUGCAAACCUGCAGCGAUUUCUGUGCCUUUAUCCACUUCCACUCUUGUCAAUACUGCAACUGUGGCUGGAUAUGCUCAGUGUGGCGGUAUAAAUUACAGUGGUGGCACAAGAUGUCCUUAUGGCUGGGAAUGUGUUCGUCAGGACGAUUAUUAUUCUCAAUGCAAGCCUGCAGCUACAUCGACUCCUUCGACCACGUCUGCUGCGGCUUCUACUACCCCGAAUAGUUCAAGUUCGACAAGUAGCCUAUCAACUUCAACUAAGCUUUCUGUUAACCUGAAUAUUGUAUCAGGCUAUUCGCAGUGCGGAGGAAUCGGCUACCUCGGAGGUACGGUUUGCGAACCUGGUUGGGAAUGUGUUAGACAGGACGAUUGGUAUUCCCAGUGUAAGCCUGCAGCGAGUUCUACUCCUUCGUCCACAAUAGCUACGACUACCAAUGUCUCGGUGCGCUCGGCUUCUUCAACUAGUUCGCCGGCUCCAGCAGCGACGACUCCUACCACACCGAAGAGUUCAACCACAUCCACAUCCUCAACCCGUUCAACUACUUCCACCCCCUUGGCCACACUAUCAGUCAAUCUUAACAUCGUACCAGGCUAUUCACAAUGUGGUGGUAUUGGUUAUACGGGAGGUACAGUCUGUGAGUAUGGUUGGGAGUGUAUACGUCAGGACGAUUACUAUUCCCAAUGUAAACCAGCCGCGACAUCCACGCCAUUGUCCACAAAGUCCAUUAACACAGCAACUGUGGGAAGCUAUGAACAAUGCGGAGGGGUUAAUUAUAACGGAGGUACUUCAUGCCCCUAUGGUUGGGAAUGUGUGAAACAAGACGAUUACUAUUCACAGUGUAAGCCUGCAUCGACGUCCAAACCGUUGACUACGUCUACACCAACUACCUCUAGUACUACAUUGGUCAAUACUGCUACCGUCGGAGCGUAUGCUCAAUGCGGAGGCAUUAACUAUUCCGGCGGUACACGUUGUGAAUAUGGUUGGGAAUGCGUAAAACAGGACUAUUAUUAUUCACAGUGCAAGCCUGCAUUAACGUCUAAGCCGUUGGCGACGUCCACCGUAUCCGUGAAUACCGCCACUGUCGGAGCAUACGCCCAAUGCGGAGGUAUCAGUUACUCAGGCGGUACCCGUUGUGAAUACGGUUGGGAAUGCGUAAGACAAGAUGAUUACUAUUCACAGUGCAAGCCGGCUGCCACAUUGAAGCCAUUGAAAACGUCUACACCGACUAGCACCAGUACUACUUCAACCAAUACUGCGACCGUAGGAGCAUACGCUCAGUGCGGUGGCAUAAAUUACAGUGGAGGUACUCGUUGUGAGUAUGGAUGGGAAUGCAUCCGCCAGGACGAUUACUAUUCUCAAUGUAAACCUGCUGCUACUUCUGUACCAUUGUCGACAUCCACUCCAACAAGUUCCAGCAUAUUGGCUGUCAGUACAUUGAUUGUUGGAGCAUACGCGCAAUGCGGUGGGAAUGGCUAUACCGGUGGUACUCGUUGUGGGAGUGGUUAUGAGUGCGUACGACAGGAUGAUUGGUACUCACAGUGUAAGCCUGCGGCGACGUCAGCUACUCCUACCCCGACAACUUCAAAUAAGACGACGACUUCUUCCUCUACCCCUAUCCCAUCUGCAACAUCAAGUUUGAGUAAGGUAACUAUAUCAAGCUCUUCAAGUUCUACCUCGUCUAGCUCUAGCUCUUCAAGUCCCUCGAGCUCAAACAGGGUAACUACGACAAGCUCUUCGAGCUCUAGCACAUCAACUUCCAGCUCGUCGACCUCGUCGAGCAGGACAACUACUACGUCGACAACGCCGACAUCUCCAACUUCCACCCUACCUAGCCCAACAAGAGUGACUACAACAUCAAGCUCUUCAAGUUCCAGCUCGACUUCUUCGUCCUCCCUGAGGAUCACAAGCACGAGUACUACCAGCACAACAUCAUCAUCCUCUACUACAUCUCCAGCAAACACCAUAACCGUAGCUGGAUGGGGCCAAUGUGGUGGCAUAGGAUGGACCGGUGGUACAAACUGUCCUUACGGAUGGGAGUGCUCCAGAAGCAAUGAUUAUUACUCCCAAUGUAUUCCAGCAGCUACUUCAAAACCUCUUACCACGAGCACCAGUACAACAUCAACAGCACCAGCCGUUAAUACUGCCGCCGUCGCAGCUUGGGCCCAAUGUGGUGGUAUCGGAUACACUGGCGGGACUGUUUGUCCCAAGGGGUAUUCAUGCUAUUACAUGGGAGAUUGGUAUUCGCAAUGUUGGCCGAGUUGGAUGGUUGGCGGGUAG